UUUCCUGAAAGAAAAGAAUAUUCACAGUCAGUUUAAAGUAGAUCAAUAUUGCGGAAGUCGAGAAUUGUUUGAGAAAGGAUUUGUUUGACCUGUGCUCCCUGUUAGCGUUAGCUGCCUGUCAGUGGUGUGCUCUAAUAUCAUGUUCUGCAAUGUUAGCAACAGAAAAAACAGUGAUCGAAAGAUCUGUCCGUGAAAGAACAACUAUCAGUACUCACAAACAGCUCAGAGUUCAUUUUCUGGGUGCUGCACAAAUCUGUCCAUGUGGUAAUACGGUCCCACUUGAAUUUGUAAGGUGGUGAAGGAGGAAAGUAACUUUUUUCCAAUCGAUGCCUUUCAAGUACAUACGACUGCAGUACUGUAGAAAUGACUUCUGCAUAGCAAACUCCUUACUCAUAGCUACAGUAAUACUGCUAUGACGUUUUUGCAUAGCAAACUAGUUUUAAAAAGGAAUCACAAAGGUUUAGUGAAAUACUGAUCAUCAAUGACAAAUUAUUUUUCCAUUAUAGGGCAUUAUAAUGAUUGUAAUAUAUUAAAGAGCUGUAUAUAUGCUGGUUUCUUUUUAAAACAGUUCAAUAUUGUGAAGUCAGUGUGCUUGGCUGAGAUUAAUGCUAAAUAUAGAUCGAAAGGGACAGUCUGUUUCAUGACUGCCUUCAUGGGUCCUGCAGGGGCUGAGAGGCUCCUAUGGGGCUGAAAGUGGAGGGGAACGGCAGCACAAGUUUUGUUCUGGGGAUUGGCACUGGCUGAGUUCUUCCACAGUCUCCUGUUACCUGAACGUGGCUAUGUUAUACAAUGGAGAAAACUUCUUUGGAAAUUAACCUCCCCAAUACUGAUGAAGAAAGAAAGCUUUAUGUAGUUGAUUCCUUAAACAACCUAAACAAAUUAAAUGUUUGCCCAGAUGAAUUCCAGCGUCCACCGGAUGAGGAAAUUGAAAGCACCGGUGGUACUGGAGAGAACAUGACAGGGAGUACAACAAGAAACCAGUGCUAUUUCUUCAUUGCCUUCAUUCUUACUUUGAUUGUCAGUUUGGCAAUCGUUUCAUUUGUAAUAUUCUUAAUAAUUCAAACUAGAAACAAGAUGGACCAAAUAUCAAGCAGACUCAUAUCUGAAAGGAAGAACAUAGAAGAGCUUAAGAAAAUGAACAAUAUGAUAUUAAAGUAUCUAAAUCAAUCAGGAAUGAAGGAAAAGGAAAGACACCUCUUCACACAGUCUCCUGAUCUUCAUGAUUACUUCAUCACUCAUCCAGAGCUGAAAGUCCCUGGAGAAUAGAUCUACUUUGGAAUGAAAUUCAGCGUCGCUCUAUUCACGUAUUCAGACGUUUUCACAUACAAUAUACAGACUAUUAUAACAUUCUGAUAUGGUCACAGGAACAUUAGGAAGGCUACCUGAAUGAAAAAUGUUAGAAAAGAAUAUUUGAUUCUGUUUGAUGUGAAUACAGAUUUUGAAAACUAAGCCCAUAUAAUUUACAAUAAACAGCGAAUGGUCAACAAUU